AUGUCUUCAGAAAAAAUUAUAGUACUUAUUAAAAUUAUAGGAAACUCAUUAUUACAAAGUCCUAUUCUUAAAAUAUUAAAUCCAGAUGAUUAUUUAUCUGAUAUUCGUAAAGAACUUGAAAAUGGUAAUAUCAUUAAUGAUAUGCUAUUAUUUUCAAAAGAAGUAAAUGAUGAAUUCGGUGAGAUGAAACGUGAAGAUGAAGAAAAUUUCUAUUUGAAAGAUAUUAUAAAAGUUGAAGAUGAUGAUCAAAAUAUUUUAUAUUUAAAACGACUUUAUUGGAAAUAUUUGAGUAAUCAAUGUAAACUAGAUUAUGGACGAAUUAUGAGUUUUGAUGGAAUUAAAAUAGCUGAAAAGCAAGCAUAUACGAUGAAUGAAUGUGAGUUGAAUGAAAUUAAUAGUUAUAAAAGAGGUCGACUUGAAUUUGAGUCAAAAGAAGAUUGGAUGAAGAAAACAAAUUUAUUUGUUAAUGUUGAUGGAAUUAACGUAACGAAUUUUGCAAAGUUAGGAUUAUCAAUUGAAGGUUUACGAAAUAAGAGUUUUAGUAAAGAAAUUAUGACAGCUUAUCAAUAUACAGAAAUCGGUAAAGUAUCAUUGAAAUUUAGUAAAUCAAAUUUGAGAAGUUUAAAAUUAACUGACGAAUUUAAAAAUGAUUUGAUUGAUGCUAUACAAUCCAAUGAUCCUAAAAAAUUUGAAAAAAUUACCAAAGAAUAUGGUCAGUUCAUCCCAACUGAAGUUAUUUUAGGGGGAAGAGUUUAUUUUAAUGACAUUAAAAAGUCAUUAGAUAAUUCUGAAGACACUUUUAAUGGUGCUUCUGGAAGUAUAAGUGUUGGAUCUUUAAAUACUAGUAUAAAGUAUAAUUCUGGCGAUUCAGAGAAAACUUCAAAAUUCUAUAGUUUUAAUCGUAUGGGAUUACUUGGAGGAAAACAUUCUGAUGAUGAAAAUUUUGAUGAAAAAGAUUGGAUUGAAUCUUUGAAAGAUUAUCAAAAUUGGGAUUGUAUAGAAUUCAAAAAUCCCAUAAGCAUUUUUCAACUCUUGUCUGAUGAUUUACCUGAUAAUUUACAGGAUUUGCGUAAAAGAACCUACCAAUCUAUCGGAAAAAGAAUCCUAUAUACUAGUAUUGAAGAUUGUGAUUAUUAUUUAAAUGAACCUGGAAGAUAUCGAACUUUUGAGUUACAAAAUAUUCCACAAAAUAACUUAGAAAUGAUUCAAAAUGAGGAAGCAGAUUGUGAUAUUUUUGCAUCAGUUAUUGAUACUAAUGAGAAUUCAAAAAAUGUUUUUUUUGACUGUCACAUUCUUAGAAAACCAAAAACAAAACCAAGUAUUAUAAUUCAUGGUAUUCAAAAAAAUUUUCAAAAACAUAAAUAUAACUUGAGAAUUAAGAUAAUGGUUAUUGGAUAUGAUAUAGAUUUUAAUUUCAUACUUCCGGAUACUAUUUGUGUUGAAUUAGUAAAAACUGUUUACGAUCCACAAAUUCCCUGUGAAUUUCAUACUAUACCAUUACAGCAAGAACUUGAUUCAAUGCUUGCAAGUUGUAUUCCUUUCUUUGGAAUUCCCAUAUUCAGUAAUUUGGACUCUUCAAAUAAGUCCAUUAUCAUUGGACAUAAGUUUCGUAACACCCAAUCAGAUAACAAAUAUAAUGUAGAUGUGUAUUCUUAUUGUGUAAAAAAAAAGUGUUUCGAUAUAUUACCACAAUUCACUUUUUGCACACUUUAUAUUUCUAAUUAUCCCACUUCUUCUAGUUCUUAUGCAUCACUUCCUUUUAAAUUUAAAUUAUUGAAAAGUCCAUUUAUAGAUCUCAAUACUAUUAGUAUAAAUCCAAAAUGUGUUAGUUUAUAUUUAUCAAAAAAUAACAAUUAUAAACCAAUGUUUUUGAAUCAAAAAGUUAACCAAAUUAAGAUAAAAUAUCUCAAUUGUAAUUGUAAGAACACGUGUUUUGUUUGUAAGAACAAAACAUUAAAAAUAUCCAAAAAUGAAAGUAACGUUGAAUGUGUAUUAUUUAAUUAUUCAUAAGGUAUUGCUUUUAUUGUUUAUUACAAUAUUUUUAUUAUU